GCCCUGAAGUCACUACAGCCAGACCUGGCACGCCGGGCACUUUAUGCCAUCCGGCUUGGUGAAUAUCUACCACUGCAACACAGCAAUCAGUGUCACAGGAAAAAACGGGAAUCUGUGGCCAGAUGUUUUGGGGCUUCUGGAACGAAUUCGCACAUGGCUUGUCAAGCCAACAGCAAGUACCUUCAAUGCUGCUAUUGCUGCCCAGGGUUGCCAAGACAGCUCGUGGUCAAGGUCAAUAGAUAUCUGGCGGAGCAUGAAAGCUGUGCAAGUUGAACCAGACGUCAUUACUCAAAACAGUCUUGCGGCAAGAUGCAACUCGGAUCGUGAGGGUCAAAGAUGGCAGCUGGCUUUGGAUCUUGCAGGGGGAGAUGUGGUCGGCAUUGGCACGAGAUUGGCAGCCUGUGAGGUUGGAGGCUGCUGGCUGUUGUCGCUGGAACUCUUGAGGACCUUGGCUUCCGAUGUCGUUCUGAAUAGAGUUCUAUGCAAUGCAGUCAUCAGCGUAUGUGCGAGCUGCGGGAAGUGGCAACAUGCAUUGCUUUUGCUGGCAAGCAUGUUUGGCUGGAGUGUUCGAGCUGAUACUGCUGAUUUUAAUGCUGCCAUGAGCGCAGCAGCGAAGUCCGAUGGUUCUCAGUGGGCUUUGGCAUUUUCUAUCCAGGAGAAGCUAGUACAGAGCAGGCUGGUUCCAAGCGAGGUCACGGUCAAUACUGCGAUAGCUGCCAGCGAGCAAGGCGACAAAUGGGAACUUGCACUUCAACUCAAGCAAGGCAUGACAAGGUGGCAGCUUGUUCCGUCUCCAGUUACCUGGGUAGCAUCUGUGAGCUCAACAGCCAGAGAAUGGCCAGUGUCGUUGUCGGUGCUUGAAAUCAUGUGUCAGGAAGAGCCCUUUCCUGGGAACCUGCCUUUCCGUGCUGCUGUGAUAGCUAGUUGGUGCCAUGCCCUGGGUCUGGCGCAGUCGUCGAUCACCAGCUGCAAUGCAGCCAUGACUGCCUGCCGAAACCAGGGUAAGUGGCAGGCAGUUCUGCUACUCUUCCAGCAGACGAGGGGCUUUUGCUUGCAACCUACUGAUGUCACUUUCCUUGCUUCGAUAAGCGGAUGUGAAGCGGCGCCGGUACGGAGUGAUCAGUGGGGAACUGCCAUAUCUUUGCUCUUCUCGAUGUCAUCGAAGCGCCUCCCUGUUGACUCAAGUCAUUUCAAUAGUGCCAUCAGUGCUUGUGAAAAAGCAGGUCAAUGGCAGCUUGCAGUGUUGCUGCUUCAAUGUAUGCGAGAUCUUCGAAUCCAGAAAGACGAGAUCAGUUACAACUCUGUCAUCAGCGCUUUCUCCAAGGGCAGCGAAUGGGAGCUUGCGCUGGCUUUGCUGUUUGCCAUGUCAACUACAGCCACAGUCAUCACCUACAAUGCUGCCAUCACCGCAUGCGAAAAAACCGGAUCUUGGGAAAUGGCUGUCGCGCUGCUGUUUGCUUCUCCUGCAACUGACACUGUUUCUUGGAGUGCUGCCAUCAGUGCCUGUGAGAAGGCAGGUCAGUGGACACAAGCUCUAGAGUUACUUUCUGCAAUGAAAGUGGCGCAAGUAAGAGCAAAUGUGAUUACGUUCAAUGCAUCCAUCAGUGCUUGUGAAAAGGGCCGUGAAUGGCCCGCAGCUCUUUGCAUGCUGGAAGCGAUGCGAGGAGGUGCUACUGUACAGGACCAAAUCAGCUUUAGCGCUGCGGUCAGUGCAUGUGAAAAGACUGGCAAAUGGAGACGAGUCUUGCGAGUUGUCAGAUCUAUGCAGACAGCCACAAGUCUCAAUCAAAUUGUCUACAAUGCGGCGAUAGGAGCCUGUGAAAAAGGUCCUAUCCCUGCGUUUUUCGAUGGUUUUCACAGAUAUACCGAGUCUUCUUCCUUGGUAAUCUGAGCUGCAUGAAAUCUCUGCCGGAACGUUCUGGUGAGCAGAGCCCAAAAA